GUGAUACAUUCUCCGGUCGCCAACAUCAUCGGUCACGUGACCGUUGUGCUGUGCUACGUGUACGACGUGUAGGCUAGAAUUAACUCUAGAAGUACCGUAAUUUCUUUCUAACUUAGAAGUAGAAGAGACGUGACAGCUCCCGAGGGAAGUUUAAUGAAAAAAAACUGUGAUUUAUAAGUGAAAUUGUAGUUUAAACCCUACAAAAUGGGUAUUAAAUUUUUGGAAGUUAUUAAACCGUUCUGUAGUAUCCUACCGGAAAUAGCGAAACCAGAGAGGAAAAUCCAAUUUAGGGAGAAAGUACUAUGGACAGCAAUAACAUUAUUCAUAUUUUUAGUAUGUUGUCAGAUUCCAUUAUUUGGUAUAAUGAGUUCAGAUUCUGCAGAUCCUUUUUAUUGGAUUCGUGUGAUACUUGCAUCAAAUAGAGGUACUCUUAUGGAACUUGGGAUCUCACCAAUCGUAACAUCAGGAUUGAUCAUGCAAUUAUUGGCUGGUGCAAAGAUUAUUGAAGUUGGAGAUACUCCUAAAGAUCGGGCAUUAUUCAAUGGUGCCCAAAAAUUGUUUGGUAUGGUUAUCACCGUUGGUCAAGCCAUUGUAUAUGUAAUGACUGGUAUGUACGGAGACCCAGCCGAAAUUGGAGCUGGAGUGUGUCUGCUUAUCAUUAUUCAACUUUUUGUUGCUGGUCUAAUUGUGUUACUUCUCGAUGAACUUCUCCAAAAGGGAUAUGGUCUAGGUUCUGGUAUCUCCCUCUUCAUUGCCACCAAUAUUUGUGAAACAAUCAUCUGGAAAGCAUUCUCACCAGCUACUGUUAAUACAGGAAGAGGAACCGAAUUUGAAGGAGCUGUGAUUGCUCUAUUCCAUUUGUUGACUACCAGACAAGAUAAGAUUAGAGGUUUACGUGAAGCUUUCUACCGUCAAAACCUUCCCAAUUUGAUGAACCUCUUGGCUACUGUCCUCGUUUUUGCUAUUGUAAUAUAUUUCCAAGGAUUCAGAGUCGAUUUACCAAUCAAGAGCGCCAGAUACCGUGGACAGUAUUCCAGCUACCCAAUAAAACUUUUCUACACUUCAAACAUUCCUAUUAUAUUACAAUCUGCUCUAGUAUCUAAUUUGUAUGUAAUUUCUCAAAUGUUGGCUGUUAAAUUCCAAGGAAACUUUUUGAUUAAUUUAUUGGGUGUUUGGGCUGAUGUAGGAGGCGGCGGCCCGGCAAGAUCUUACCCCAUCGGUGGAUUAUGUUAUUAUUUAUCGCCACCAGAAAGCGUUAGUCAUAUUCUCGAAGAUCCCAUACACGCAAUGCUGUAUAUUGUCUUCAUGUUGGGAUCCUGUGCCUUCUUCUCUAAAACGUGGAUCGAAGUAUCUGGAAGUUCCGCCAAAGAUGUAGCUAAACAAUUGAAAGACCAACAAAUGGUUAUGAGAGGACACAGAGACAAUUCGAUGAUACACGAACUAAACAGAUAUAUACCGACAGCUGCCGCAUUUGGAGGACUUUGCAUAGGAGCUUUAUCCGUAUUAGCGGAUUUCAUGGGAGCGAUUGGUUCAGGAACGGGUAUACUUCUCGCCGUUACUAUUAUUUAUCAAUAUUUCGAAAUAUUUGUUAAAGAACAAAGUGAAAUGGGCGGAAUGGGAGCAUUACUCUUUUAGAAUAAAUGUUGUAUAUAUUAUAUAAUCUUGAUAUCAUUAAGCCGUAAGCUUGACUGAUAUUGUGAUUUUUUUCUUUUUGUUUAGUAAAUAGUAACUAUUGUGAUGUUUAUUAUUUGUUUAUUUCGAAAAUGUUCACUAUAGUUAUUAUUUAUUUGUAACAAUGUUUCAUGUCAUUUUUCACUUUGUGUGUGAAAGAUUUUUUGUACUAAAAUUGAAAUAGAUACAAAUUAUAUCCAAUUAUAUCCGUAUAUUUUUCAUUGUACAUUUUUACAUAAUUUUUAUUAUGUUUAUCAUUUGAAAAUGAGAAAAUAUAAAAAAUAUAAUUUCCACAUAUUGUGUGGAUGUGUUCCAUACUAUAAUUUAAAUUUAUUUUUACGUUUCAUCAUCUCAUGCAGUAUGAUUGUGUGUGUAUCGGUCAUUUAUUAUAAUAUUCGUUGUUAGAAAUAAUUUAUUUUAAAUACAGAAAUUUCUCAAAAA